UGCUACCUUUGCUUCAAAGACUGGAUUCCUUUCAGCGUUUUAGUUAAGAUGUUUUGAUGACCAAGACUAGGAAAUCUAUAGGAGGGCGGGUUAGUUUACACACUGUCCACUUGUCAUUGUCUCUAAGACACACAAAGCCACCUAAAAAACACAGCCCGGCUGAAGUACUUACGACAAACCACGAACAAAUCCUGGGCAGCUGGACCACACCAAUUUUGAGGAAAGGGUACAGACAGCGUCUGGAAUUAUCAGACAUAUACCAAAUUCCUUCUGCUGAUUCUGCUGACAACUUAUCUGAAAAGUUGGAAAGAGAAUGGGAUAGAGAAGUGGCUUCAAAGAAAAAUCCCAAACUCAUUAAUGCCCUUCGGCGAUGUUUUUUCUGGAGAUUUAUGUUCUAUGGAAUCUUAUUAUAUUUAGGGGAAGUCACCAAAGCAGUACAGCCUCUCUUACUAGGAAGAAUCAUAGCUUCUUAUGAUCCAGAUAACAAGGCGGAACGCUCCAUCGCCAUUUACCUUGGCAUAGGCUUAUGCUUGCUCUUUAUCGUGAGAACACUGCUCCUGCACCCAGCCAUUUUUGGCCUUCAUCACAUUGGAAUGCAGAUGAGAAUAGCUAUGUUUAGCCUGAUUUAUAAGAAGACUUUAAAGCUGUCAAGCCGUGUUCUGGAUAAAAUAAGUAUUGGGCAGCUUGUUAGUCUCCUUUCCAACAACCUGAACAAAUUUGAUGAAGGACUUGCACUGGCACAUUUUGUGUGGAUUGCUCCUUUACAAGUGACUCUCCUGAUGGGGCUGCUUUGGGACUUGUUACAGGCCUCUGCCUUCUGUGGCCUUGCUUUCCUGAUAGUCCUAGCCCUUGUCCAAGCUGGGUUAGGGAGAAUGAUGAUGAAGUACAGAGAUCAGAGAGCUGGAAAGAUCAAUGAAAGACUUGUGAUCACCUCAGAAAUGAUUGAAAAUAUCCAAUCGGUGAAGGCUUACUGCUGGGAAGAAGCAAUAGAAAAAAUGAUUGAAAACCUAAGACAGACAGAACUGAAACUGACCCGGAAGGCAGCCUAUGUGAGAUACUUCAACAGCUCAGCCUUCUUCUUCUCAGGAUUCUUUGUGGUGUCUUUAUCUGUGCUUCCCUACGCACUUAUCAAUGGAAUCAUCCUUCGAAAAAUAUUCACAACCAUCUCAUUCUGCAUUGUUCUGCGCAUGGCAGUCACACGGCAAUUCCCGUGGGCGGUGCAAACAUGGUACGACUCUCUUGGAGCAAUAAACAAAAUACAGGAUUUCUUACAAAAGCAAGAGUAUAAGACACUGGAAUAUAAUUUAACAACUACAGAAGUAGUGAUGGAGAAUGUAACUGCCUUCUGGGAGGAAGGCUUUGGGGAAUUAUUUGAGAAAGCAAAACUAAAUAAUAACAAUAGAAAAAUUUCCAAUGGUGACAACAGCCUCUUCUUCAGUAACUUCUCCCUUCUUGGUGCCCCUGUGUUGAAAGACAUCAACUUCAAGAUAGAAAAAGGACAAUUGUUGGCAGUUGCUGGAUCUACUGGAGCAGGCAAGACUUCACUUCUUAUGAUGAUUUUGGGAGAACUGGAGCCUUCAGAGGGUACAAUUAAGCACAGUGGAAGAAUUUCAUUCUGCUCUCAGUUUUCCUGGAUCAUGCCUGGCACCAUCAAAGAAAACAUCGUCUUCGGUGUUUCCUAUGAUGAAUAUAGAUACAGGAGUGUCAUCAAAGCAUGCCAACUAGAAGAGGACAUCUCCAAGUUUGCAGAGAAAGACAACAUAGUCCUAGGAGAGGGUGGAAUCACACUGAGUGGAGGUCAACGUGCACGGAUUUCUUUAGCAAGAGCAGUAUACAAAGAUGCUGAUUUGUACCUGUUAGAUUCUCCUUUUGGAUAUCUAGAUGUUUUAACUGAGAAGGAAAUAUUUGAAAGCUGUGUGUGUAAAUUGAUGGCUAACAAAACUAGGAUUUUGGUCACUUCUAAAAUGGAACAUUUAAAGAAGGCUGACAAAAUAUUAAUUUUACAUGAAGGUAGCAGCUAUUUUUAUGGGACAUUUUCUGAACUACAAAACCUACGGCCCGACUUUAGUUCAAAGCUCAUGGGAUAUGAUACUUUUGACCAGUUUAGUGCAGAAAGAAGAAAUUCAAUCCUAACAGAGACAUUACGCCGUUUCUCAUUAGAAGGAGAUCCUUCUGUCUCCUGGAAUGAAACGAAAAAACAAUCAUUUAAACAGAGUGGAGAAUUUGGGGAAAAAAGGAAGAACUCUGUUCUCAAUCCAAUCAACUCUAUAAGAAAAUUUUCAAUUGUACAAAAGACUCCAUUACAAGUGAAUGGCGUGGAAGAUGAUUCUGAUGAGCCCUUAGAGAGAAAGUUGUCCUUAGUUCCAGAUUCUGAGCAGGGAGAGGCCAUCCUACCUCGCUGCAAUGUGAUCAACACUGGCCCCACGUUUCAGGGCCGAAGGCGACAGUCUGUUCUGAACCUGAUGACACACUCAGUUAACCAAGGGCCAAGCAUUCACCGGAGGACGACAUCUACAAGAAAAAUGUCACUGGCCCCUCAGACAAACUUAACUGAAAUGGAUAUCUAUUCAAGACGUUUGUCUCAAGAGAGUGGCUUGGAAAUCAGUGAAGAAAUUAGUGAAGAAGAUUUAAAGGAAUGCUUUUUUGAUGAUGUAGAGAGCAUACCUGCUGUGACCACAUGGAACACAUAUCUUCGAUACAUCACUAUCCACAAGAGCUUGAUUUUUGUGCUAAUUUGGUGCUUAGUUGUUUUUGUGGCUGAGGUGGCUGCUUCCUUGGUUGUGUUGUGGAUACUUAAAAACAACCCUCCUCAUGGUGAAGGGAAUAGUACUAAAAAUGCAAAUAACAGCUAUGCUGUGAUUAUCACCAGCACCAGCUUCUAUUAUGUUUUUUACAUUUAUGUGGGAGUUGCUGACACUUUGCUUGUUCUGGGAUUCUUCAGAGGUUUGCCACUGGUGCAUACACUAAUCACUGUGUCGAAAAUCCUACACCACAAAAUGUUACAUUCUGUUCUGCAAGCACCCAUGUCAACCCUCAACACGUUGAAAGCAGGUGGGAUUCUAAAUAGAUUCUCCAAAGAUAUGGCAAUUUUGGAUGAUCUUCUGCCCCUCACCAUAUUUGACUUCAUUCAGUUGUUAUUAAUUGUGAUCGGAGCUGUGACUGUGGUCUCUGUUUUACAACCCUACAUCUUCCUAGCAACAGUGCCCGUGAUAGCGGCUUUUAUUAUGUUGAGGGCGUACUUCCUCCACACCUCACAGCAACUCAAACAACUGGAGUCUGAAGGCAGAAGUCCAAUCUUCACUCAUCUGGUCACAAGCCUAAAAGGACUAUGGACGCUUCGUGCCUUUGGACGGCAGCCUUACUUUGAAACUCUGUUCCACAAAGCUCUGAAUUUGCAUACUGCCAGCUGGUUCUUGUAUCUUUCAACACUGCGUUGGUUUCAAAUGAGAAUAGAAAUUGUUUUUGUCAUCUUCUUUAUUGCUGUUACCUUCAUUUCCAUUUUAACAACAGGUGAAGGAGAAGGAUCUGUUGGUAUUAUUCUCACUUUAGCCAUGAAUAUCAUGAAUACAUUGCAGUGGGCUGUAAACUCCAGCAUUGAUGUGGAUAGCUUGAUGCGAUCUGUGAGCCGAGUCUUUAAGUUCAUUGACAUGCCCACUGAAGAGGGUAAAUCCACUAAGUCCAUCAAACCAUCCAAGAAUGGUCAGCUCUCAAAAGUUAUGAUUAUUGAGAAUCAACAUGUGAAGAAAGAUGACAUCUGGCCCUCAGGGGGCCAAAUGACCGUCAAAGACCUCACAGCAAAAUAUGUAGAUGGUGGGAAUGCCAUACUCGAGAAUAUUUCCUUCUCAAUAAGUCCUGGCCAGAGGGUGGGUCUCCUGGGAAGAACUGGAUCAGGGAAAAGCACAUUGUUAUCAGCUUUUUUGAGACUGCUGAACACUGAAGGAGAAAUCCAAAUUGAUGGUGUAUCUUGGGACUCAAUAUCUUUGCAACAGUGGAGGAAAGCCUUUGGAGUGAUACCGCAGAAAGUAUUUAUCUUUUCUGGAACAUUUAGAAAAAACUUGGAUCCCUAUGAACUGUGGAGUGAUCAAGAAAUAUGGAAAGUUGCAGAUGAGGUUGGACUCAGAUCUGUGAUAGAGCAGUUUCCUGGGAAGCUCGACUUUGUCCUUGUGGAUGGGGGUUAUGUGCUAAGCCAUGGCCACAAGCAGUUGAUGUGCUUGGCCAGAUCUGUUCUCAGUAAGGCCAAGAUCUUACUGCUUGAUGAACCCAGUGCUCAUUUGGAUCCCAUAACAUACCAAAUAAUUCGAAGAACUCUCAAACAAGCAUUCGCUGAUUGCACAGUAAUCCUCUGUGAACACAGAAUAGAAGCAAUGUUGGAAUGUCAGCGAUUUUUGGUCAUAGAAGAGAACAAAGUACGGCAAUAUGAUUCCAUUCAGAAGCUGCUGAGCGAGAAGAGCCUCUUCCGACAAGCGAUCAGCUCCUCUGACAGGGUGAAACUCUUCCCCCACCGCAACUCCAGCAAGCACAAGUCUCGGUCCCAGAUUGCUUCUCUGAAGGAGGAGACAGAAGAAGAGGUCCAAGAAACAAGGCUCUAGAGAGCAAUGAAAAAUGAUGAUGGCAUUGGACAUCCACUCAUGGAACUGGAGCAGAAAUCAGCUGCUUUGGCCUCAGAAAGCAAGGAUGAUAAUUAUUAUUAUAUUUUUUAAUAAAACAUUUUGGCAAGAAGACUUAAGGACAUUCAUAUAGGUCUGGAUAAAUGGCUCCCUACAGUGGUCAAAUUGUGUGAAAGGUACUCCAAAUUCUUAAAGAUUUACCACUUGGAUUUUGCAAGACAGGUUUUCUGAAAAUACUUGGCCUUUUGGUAAUAGUUGGAAUGGCAGCUAAAUGUCAACCAGCCUAGUUGUUCACCUUAUCAUUUAGUGAAACUGGUUAAUUUGUAUUAACAAAGAACUGAAAUCAUACUUCUUAGAGAUAUGAUUAAGUAAUGAUAACUGGAAAUUUUAGUGAAUUAUAUAAUUUAUAUCCCUUUUUCUCUCCUCUCUCCAGAUAUUUAGACACACAACUAUAUUGUCUGCUAAGCAUUCUAGCUGUCUCAUUUCCAAACUGCAGGAGUCCCAAGAUAGCCCAUUAAGUUAUGUUCCAUUCAACAUCCAAUGAUUGGUUGAGAAAGAAACUUCCAGAUCCUAGAAAUCAGGGUUAGUACCAUCUAGAUCUACCAAAUAUUUAAAUAUUUCAGAGAAUCAGAAUAGAUAAGGGCGGUUGCAGUGCCAGGUCAGGGAUGAGAUGGCUCCCUUGAUGUGGAAAUUGACAUUCCUUUCCUGCCCCCAGAGAAUACUGAGCUCUUAAGACCUCUGACCUGGAGGAUGGCUAGAAAUUGGUGCAGGAAAUUGGUGCAAACAGGUGCAGGAAAACCCUGCUUACCACAGAAGCUCCAGGUACAGAGCUCAUAGGCAGAGAGGCCAUGGGCUCUAUGGGUGGAUGCACAUGAAAUCCAAGCCUCUCGAUGUAGUGUGUUUCAAGGCUAGCUGUGUGUGUUUCAUACUGUCUGCACUGAGUGGGAGAGAAAAUGGGAGACACCCCGAAGAAGAAUCAAUCAUGAAAUAGUUUUAUAUGCUUCUAUUUUAUAAUUUUGUGAUGCAAAUGAAAUUUUGUGUAGGAAAUAUUUAUUUUAAUAAUGUUUCAAACUCAUAUAUAGCAAUGCUGUAUUUUAAGAAUGAUUAUAUUAUGAAUUAUAUUUGUAUAAAAGAAUUUUUAUAUUUGAAAUGUUAACUUUUUAUGGCACCAGCUAUUUUUAUGAUAUAUUAACACUGAGAUGGGGGGGACCUAUGGUGAUGUGGACCAGGGACCCAUGAAUCACUUUUGUGGUGUAGAGAGAAACACGCAGGCUGAUGCAGAUGUUGCACACAUCUCUGUGAUUCUCCACCCAAACAUAGGUACCUUCUGAUGUAGUCCUGAUGCAGAUGGUACCAGAAGUCUGAUUGUUUUUACCAAGGGCACACCAACUUCCCAACUUCAAACUAACCCUCAAGAAGAUUGGAAUAUUUAUUACUGUAAGAAAAUAUCUAUUGUCAAUAAAUUGCUUAUAUUUGU